UAACUGUUGUUGAACAGUCAGAAAUGCGCUGGAGACUAGCCUGUCCUGUGCGCUCGCGGCGGUCAAACAACAGCCUCUGUCUCGUGCUUUGACGGGAACACACACACACUCCCACGCCGACACAAACAAAAACAUACACACACAGACACACACGUAUUUCUCGGACCCGGACUUUGUUUUUACUAUUAGGAGAGUUAACGUUACUUUCCCGGCUUUGCGCCGGUUUUUGAAGGGAAACUACCAGUAUCGUUAAGUGGAGCUGCACCUCAUAAGAUACUGCCUGCUUGUUAGCGUGGAUGUGAGCCUCUGUUUCAAUCAACAUCAUGGACGGCUGAUUUACACACUUUGCUGACCCAACAGAAUAUUUGCCAUGCUACAUGGGAAGGCUCUGAAACCCACCCUGCUCUCACUCCUCAUCCUCAUCAUCUUUGACACAGCCCAUGGUCGCUCUUAUCCUCGUUUUUCACGUAAUGACACCGAAUUCCAGCAUCUGGUGCUCCAUCCAGACCCCUCUGUGGGGACAGUUUAUGUUGGGGCACGGGACCACCUCUUCCAGCUGGAUGGAUCAGAUGGACUUCGGCUGGAGCAAGAGGAGAUAACCGGUCCAGUGAGUGAUAGCAAAGACUGCCUUCCCCCAGUCACUGAGCUUAACUGUCCCCAGGCCAGGAGAACCAGUAAUCACAACAAAUUGCUGUUGGUGGAUCCAAAGGCGUUGGAAUUGAUCACCUGCGGCAGCAUCCACCAGGGCACCUGCCAGAAACGAAGCCUGGCAUCGAUAAAGAAGGUUCUCUUUUCCACCGAGAGGCCUGUGGAUACACAGUAUGUUGCGGCCAAUGAUCCAUCUGUAUCAACUGUGGGGCUGGUGGUGGAGCUUCGUGGUGGGGAAAGGACAGUGAUGUAUGUUGGCAGGGGCUAUACUGCCAGCCAUCCGCCCAUAUCUACACGGCACCUUUCAGCAGAGCCCAUCUUUUCCUAUGAGGAGACAGCUAAGCUGGCUGUGGCUGGACGUCUGUCGGAAUAUGACCACCAUUUUGUGAUGGCAUUCACACGGCGCUCUUAUGUGUACUUCUUGUUUUACCGGCGUGACAUCAAGUCAGCAUCAAGAGAGUACCGCACCUAUGCUGCCAGAGUGUGUCUGGACGACACUUCCUACUAUUCGUAUGUGGAAGUUCCUCUUGUCUGUCACUCCCUUUCCUCUCCCUCCAGGACUUACAACCUACUCCAGGCUGCCCAGGUGGGACAAGGUGCAGGCAGGGAAGGCAAGGAUCUGCUGGGAGUCUUCUCCACCCGCAUCAGCUCCACAAACAACAAUCCCCUGGAUGCCUCAGCCCUGUGCGUCUACCCACUGGAUGAGCUUGACAGUCACAUCGACUCCACUCGUGACCUCUGCUACACCCGGGAUGGCCGCUUGGAAGGGAAAGGAGAGCUGGCUUACAUAGAAUAUGAGGUCAAGUCUAGCUGUGCCAAUCUGCCCAUGAAUACUCUUAAGGCAUAUCCCUGCGGCUCUGACCACACCCCAAGUCCAAUGGCAAGCCGGGCACCGUUGGAAGCUAAAGCUGUGUGGCACACUUCAGCUGCCCGCCUCACUGCUGUGGCUGUCAGCAUCAGAGAGGGACACAGCAUCGCCUUCCUUGGAGACUCCAAAGGGACUCUGCACAAGGUAUAUCUUGGCCAAAAUGGCCAGGUGGAGGUAUAUGCCAACAUGACAAUACAGCCCAACUCAGCCAUUAACAGUAACCUUUUACUGGACCAGAAUGGAGCGAACAUCUACAUCAUGACCAAAACUACUGUAGAGAAGCGUCCAGUGGCAGAAUGUGGAGAUCACCUGGACUGUCAGUCCUGUCUGUCUGCCAAAGACCCCUACUGUGGCUGGUGUGUGCUGGAGGGACGGUGUGGCCAGCGAUGGGAAUGCCAGCGAGGGUCCGUACAGGGCCAGUGGCUGUGGAGUUUUAACCAGAUGCAACAGUGUCUCAGUAUCCAGCACCUCAGCCUCUACAACAUCAGCCGUGGGGAGAAAACUGAUAUUACAGUGUCAGUGAAGGGCCUCCCCAGUCUUGGAAAAGGAGAAGCCUACUCUUGCUUCUUCCAGGACACAGAAACUCCUGCUUCACUCACCAACACUGGUGUAAUAUGUUCCACCCCUGAUGCUAGCACUCUGCCUCCCAUCGGCUAUGGAGAUGAGUUUGUGGUGGUGACCCUGUCACUGCGUUUCACAAAUGUGACGGUGGCAGAGACGGAGUUCACCUUCUACAACUGCAGCUUGGUCCAGCAGCUCUCUGGACGCAGGCCAUGCCAAGGGUGCGUCAGCAGUCGUUGGGGGUGUAACUGGUGUAUCCACCAGCAUGUCUGCACACAUAAACACACCUGCAGCCAAGGAGUCACCAUCUAUAACCAAAAUUUCAAACCGCCAACACCCACCAUCCCACCACCCACCAGAACAACCACCCCUAUACCUCCUACUGUUCGGCCUGCUACAACAAAAACACUCAUUACAACAACAACAACACAGAAACCACCCUCAGUGACACCUUCCCCCACCACAGCAGCUGUCCCUUCAACUGCCACUUCAGUGACACCACACACCACCCCUAAUGCUGAAUCCACUUCGCCCCUUACUGCGGCCACCACUUCCCCCUUUGUCAGGAUCUUCACCCAGGCCACCACCAUUAACACUGAUGUCGCCACCGCAGGCGGGUCCCUCUCUGAUGUGGAGGAGGUGACAGAGGGAAUUCGUAGCACUAUACAAGGUUUUUCAGAGGACGUGGACGGAGAAGCCCUGGGUAUCGCCGAUGAAACUCCCCGCACUACAACGCCCGGCAGCGCUGGCGGCCAGGUAGACUCUGACAUGAGAUUUUUAGAGCCAUCUGGCCAAGCGGUGGGCUCUUCUUCUGGUUCAAGCACAACCACGUCCAGUGAAGUGGCCCUUUUAUUAAACUUUUCUGUCAGUAACGACGAGGAAGCCGUUCUUCUGACCAGCUCUGAAGACAGUGACUCACCUCCAUGGCUGAAUGAGUGGGAGAAGCCGGAAGGAGGGACUCACCCUGCAACAGGUUCAUCUGUUGCUGGCUCCAGCAAGAAGUCAUUCAUCUAUACACAAUCACCUAAAACAGUUAUUGACCCCAAUUCUGAAUCUGCGACAAACUACCAAUCAGAUUCUUCUACUGACUCUUAUUUUCUGGAAUGUCCGUGUGUGGAGAGAGUUCAGGAUUCCUCUCUCCUCCCUGUCAACGUUGAGAGGAAAGUGACGCUGGUGGGACAACACCUAAACCUGUUUCAGGAUGAGAGUUUGGACUACGAGUGUGUGCUGGACAUUGAGAAUAAGUCAGUGGUGGUGGAUGCCUCCGUAGAGCCGGAUGCCACACAACCAUCAGUCUUCUUUAUCACCUGCCAGCCCCACCAGUAUGGCUAUUCUGCCUUGAUGGAGGAAUACGCAGCCAUGAUUAACGUGAGGAGGAAAAGCAACUUCCACAUCGACAGCGCUGACGAUCUGUACGUGACUCUGUUCAACUGUUCAGUGGGGCGACAGGACUGCAGCCGGUGUCGUACUGCCGACCCCAAGUAUGGUUGUGUUUGGUGUGGCGGUGCUGCAAGCUCUCGUUGUGUGUACCAGGACUCCUGCACCGAUGAGGUCCAAGACACCUGUCCCGCACCUGUCAUUCACUAUUUGGACCCAGUGUCCGGCCCCAUAGAAGGAGGGACAGUGGUUACUAUUUCAGGUUCUAACCUCGGCCAGCGAGCCCAAGACAUCCAGAACUCAGUCACAGUAGCUGGGGUCCCCUGCAGUGUCAUCCACAGCAGAUAUGAAGUCUCCUCAAGGAUAGUGUGUGAGACUACAAGAAGUGGACGUGAGAAAAGUGGCCAGGCCUCAGUCAAAGUGAGGGGAGGAGGUCUCGGACUGUCGGCUCAGAUCUUCAGCUUCCAGGAUCCUACGCUAAGCAGCAUCUUUCCCCGAAGAGGGCCCAAGGCAGGGGGCUCGUCUCUCACCAUCAGAGGCCGGAGCCUGAGGACCGGACACCCGAGUGAAGUCAGCGUCUUAAUUGGAGGAGUGCCAUGUACGGUGCUAAACAUCCAGGAGGAUCAGAUCAGCUGUCUGACCCGAGGCAGCAACAGAACAGGAGAACACAGCAUCACUGUGCGGUUUGGUGGGGCAGAGCGCCACCUACAGGGUUUGGUGUAUCAUUACACCCCAAACCCCAACAUCACAAUGGCUGCUCCAUCCAAAAGCUUUCUCAGUGGAGGCAGAAUCAUCCGAGUCUCUGGUCAGAACCUGGAUGUGGUCCAAGAGCCCAAAAUGAGGGUCACCCUGAGUCCUCCUGACACUCUCCCCCCGAGGAGGCGAAGGAGCAUCGACAGGAAGGGUGAAGGAUUACUGAACAGAGGACAGGAGCAUCGGAGUCCACUGAAGAGAUGGAGGAGGAUCGUCCCAGAGGCGACCUGUCCCGAGGGCACAGUCUGUCAGAUCAAACAGUACGAGUCUCGCUGCACCGUGAACAGCUCCUCCCUCAUCUCGUGUCCGACUCCAACGGUAGGUCCAGAGGCCAGGAGGGCCAGGGUCAAAGUUCACUUCCUGAUGGACAGCCUCCAUUUUGACUUCAACACCGUAGGGAGCGAGGCCUUCAGCUAUGAGCCCAACCCGCAGCUCUACCCACUGAACCAGAAUGACCCCAGCAAACCGUAUCACCACAAACCGGGCAGCAUCAUCUCUGUUGAGGGAGAGAACCUGGAUCUGGCCAUCUACAAGCAUGAGGUGGAGGCUCGCAUAGGGGAUGGGGUGUGUUCGGUGAAGACCCUGACCCACAACCACUUGUACUGUGAGCCACCGGCCCAGCAGCCCUCAGCCAGCAACAAGCAGGACGGCAUGGACAGUCUGCCUGAGUUCACAGUGAAAAUGGGGAAUCUGAACUUCUCUCUGGGCAGAGUACAGUACGACAGCCAGGCCCAGUCAACAUUUCCUCUAGAGGCUCAAGUGGGAGUCGGGGUGGGAGCCUCCAUCGUGGCUCUCAUUGUGCUCAUCAUAGUCCUCAUUUACAGGAGGAAGAGCAAACAGGCCAUGAGGGACUAUAAGAAGGUGCAGAUCCAGCUGGAGAACUUGGAGACCAGUGUUAGAGAUCGUUGUAAGAAGGAGUUCACAGACCUGAUGACAGAGAUGAUGGAUAUGUCCAGUGAUUUGGUGGGUUCAGGAAUUCCCUUCCUGGAUUACCGGGCGUAUGCCGAGCGCAUUUUCUUCCCAGGCCACCAGGAGUCGCCACUGAGACGAGAUCUGGAUGUUCCUGAGAGUCGGAGGCAGACUGUAGAGCAAGGGCUGGUUCAGCUGUCCAAUCUGCUCAACAGUAAACUCUUUCUCACCAAGUUUAUUCACACUCUGGAGGUCCAACGGACAUUCUCCCCAAGGGACAGGGCUUAUGUGGCCUCUCUGCUCACUGUAGCCCUGCAUGGUAAACUGGAGUAUUUCACAGACAUCCUGAAGACGCUGCUUAAUGAUCUAGUGGAACAGUAUGUGGCCAAGAACCCCAAGCUGAUGCUCAGGAGAACGGAAUCUGUGGUUGAGAAGCUUCUGACAAACUGGAUGUCCAUUUGUCUGUUCACUUUUCUGAGGGAAUCAGCAGGGGAGUCGUUCUACAUGUUGUUCAGAGCAAUAAAGCACCAGGUGGACAAGGGACCUGUGGACGCUGUGACAGGAAAAGCCAAGUACACGCUGAAUGACAACCGGCUGUUGCGUGAAGAUGUGGAGUAUCGCACACUGACCCUAAAUGUUGUGAUGCCAGCUGCAGCGGCCAGUGGAGGCGCUCUUACCCAGACGGUACCUGCCAAAGUGUUGGACUGUGACACCAUCACCCAAGUGAAGGAGAAACUUGUGGAGCAAAUCUGGAAGGGAACCUCCUUUUCCCAGCGACCACACAUUGACUCAUUACACCUUGAGUGGCGUGCAGGUGUUGCAGGUCACCUAAUCCUUUCAGAUGAGGACCUGACGUCAGUAGUGCAAGGCUCAUGGAAGCGCCUUAAUACGCUGCAACACUACAAGGUCCCUGAUGGAGCAACGGUGGCCCUCGUCCCCAGGAGCACCAAACAUCACCUCCAUGACAGCCAUGAUUACAUGCCAGGGGAAAAGACCCCCAUGCUGGAUGAUGGGGAGGAGGGGGGAGUGCGGCUUUGGCAUCUGGUGAAAGCCAGUGAGGAAUCGGAGCUGCCCAAGCACAGGAGAGGUAGUCUGAGGGAGAGGGGAGGCGAGAGGGCGAAGGCGAUCCCCGAGAUCUACCUCACACGACUGCUCUCCAUGAAGGGAACGCUACAAAAGUUUGUGGAUGAUUUAUUCACCGCAAUCCUCAGCACCAGUCGUCCGGUACCUCUGGCUGUCAAGUACUUUUUCGACUUGUUGGACGAGCAGGCUCUGCAGCACAACAUCACUGACCCUGAGACCAUCCACAUCUGGAAGACCAACAGUUUACCACUGCGCUUCUGGAUCAAUAUCCUCAAGAACCCGCAGUUCAUCUUUGACGUGCAGACAUCAGACCAUGUGGAUGCUGUGCUGUCCGUCAUUGCCCAGACCUUUAUGGAUUCCUGUACCAUUGCUGACCACAAACUGGGACGGGACUCUCCCAUCAACAAGUUGCUGUAUGCCAGAGACAUCCCGCGCUACAAACAGAUGGUGGAGAGGUACUACGCAGACAUCCGUCAAACCAUCUCCGCCAGUGACCAGGAGAUGAACUCUGCUCUAGCAGAACUCUCACGUAAUUAUACUGCUGAGGUCAACUGCCUUGUUGCUUUACAUGAGCUGUACAAGUACAUCAACAAAUACUAUGAUCAAAUUAUCACAGCUCUGGAAGAGGACUCCACAGCCCAGAAGAUGCAGCUUGGUUACAGGCUCCAACAGAUUGCUGCUGCUGUAGAAAACAAAGUCACAGACCUAUGACCCCAAGGACCCAAUAGAUUUUUCUUUUGACCUUGAAGACAUGAAGAUGACGGAAAAACGUUCCGUCUCCUUGAGGAAAAAAAAAAUCUUUUUUAAGACAAAGGAGGACAGCAGAAUUUUUUGGCACAUGGCGUGAUUUUGUUGCUAUUUUUGACAUACUGAUUUUCAGUGAAGGGAGAAAUGAUCUUCACAGAAUCACUGACACUGGCCGUGUUUCUUGUCCUGUAUCCAGGAGGUGCAGUAAGACUGCCUUGAGCUUUCCACAGGUCCUAACACUGGGAGUUAAAUGACACUGCUGUGAAGGGAAAGAAGAAAAGAGAAAAUGUGAAACCAAGUAAAUCAAAAGAAAGGAGUUUCCUCUGACAUCUCCUCUAAGGAUUUCUCUUGUUGAAUUCAAACUAAAGGGAGACAUAAUAUGAAAAAAAAAGAGAUCUUUUUGUUUUUCCUACAUAUCUCGGUGGACUUGAAGAUUUUCCUGACGAACUGCACAGAACAUUCCUACAGAUUUACAGCUACACUUAUCAGUCUUCUGCUGAGACAUGGACGCUGUAGGUGUGCUGGAUGAGAACAUUGUGAACGAGUGGUAAAAGGGAACAGGAGGUCUUAAGCGUCGACGGCUGUGGAGUUUUCUACCGUGUCGUGUUAAAGUCUUAUGUAAGGACAAAUGGAUGACACUGUUGUGCUAUGGAGGCCUGAGCAACCGCUCAGCAUGUUUGAAGGAUGUUUUUUAUCUGCUUCUGCUUCUCCUGAAAUCAUUUGACCAAGUCUUACUUGAUGAAGUUUAAUGAGUUUUUAUUGGACAGUUUGUUGUUCUGUGUAAACAAUUUCCCAGACAAAGUUUUCCCUUCAUUUCAAAGCUUCACCUUAGACCUUUUACUGCAGUUUACAGUGGCUGCCUGGCGUAGUGGGAUCUUUAAACCAGUGUUUUCUAAGUGUUGAUUUAGUACUCUCAAACUGCUUUCUUCUCAUGAUGACCUACAGCUAUUGUGAAUGUUCCUUUUCUUAGGUAACAUGUGGCAUUUGUUUUCUAUUACCUAAGACAAUUUGACAGAGGUACUGACAGCUGACUCAUUACCUGAUCCGUCCUCAAGAAAACCGUGGAAGGAGAAUCUUGUACUCAACUUCAACUACAUUAGACAAUAGCCAUAACAGUUUGUAAUUUGUGUGAAAAAGACGAUCCUUUCACUAGAGAAAGUCCAAGCCUGACUUAUAUAAAUAUAUGAAUAAUUCACAAAGAAGUGAGUAAUAAUAAUGAAUAAUGAAUUCUAUGUUUUUUAUUUUCUGUUUUACUGCCAGCAACAUUUGUUUCUGUUCAGCAGGAUGUUUAUAUGUGAGGUUCUGUUGAAGGAUUGUAAAUCCUGAGGUGACUUUAACAUGAAUAAUGUGGAAUUCAGCUAUGACAUUUAUAUAGUCUUUUUCAUAUAUGUGCAUUUUAUUGAUUUAUUUAAAUUCCUUUGUCCAAUUUUUGGGUUAUUCUUUCUUGAAUUUAAGUCAGGUUUGAUCUUCCAUAUUUCUAAGAUGUUUUGGCUAUUUUCUAUACUGUCUUUUCUGUAUUUGGAUUUACACACAACCAGACGGAAGUUGGACUUUGCAGCCUUUUUCACGCAAACAUAUCACGCUGACCAAACAGCUGUGCCCUGAUUUUAAGCUUUAAUUUGCAUUUCUGUCAUUGGUGUGGAUGCCAGAUUAUGACAGUAUUAGGACAGAGCACUUGUUUAUCUUCCUUUUCUCUCAAGACUUAAAUCAGACAGCAUGAUUAACGAACAAAGGUGCUCGUGUUCCCUGUUGCUCUGUGAGGCCACAUGUGAAAGUCUUUUACUAGUUUUAUCCAAUUUAAUUUAUUUUUAAUUUAUUUUAAUGCUUAUUUUAGUUGAUAUUUGACAUAUAAAAUAAUUGUGCUUAUACCCCUCUUUUUUUUUUUUUUUGAGUCUUUGUCAUUUUUGUACCUUAUGGUAUUUCUUUUUACAUCCUUUGAUUUACAGCCAAAAUGGUUGUGAGAAGUUCAGUGGUGAGAACAAAAUCAAAUUCACAGCCAGCUGUCAUGACAUUCUGAUACAAUUUCAAUAUCUCCUUUUUAUUUUACAUCUAUUUUAGGGGCAGUAGGGAAAAUCAUUUUUAAUGUUACAAACAGUUAUUCUGUACAUUCACUAUUCUUUGCCAUGCGCAUUAGUGUUGCCUGUGGCUAACUUGUGUAUUCAAAGCUCCAUUCUGAUGUUUUACUGUUUUCCUGUAGAUACAUACUGCUCUGAAAUAAUCCAGACUUUAGUGUUAUCUGACUAAUUAAUAGGAUGAACCUAACAACAACUUAAUGUGAUGCAAUAAAGUGGUCCCACAGUUAGUGAA